GCGGCGGCCGCGGCGCAAGACGGAGAGCGGCCCCGGCGGGCCCCGGCCGCGGAGGAGCGAGCGGAACCGGCGGCCCCCACCGGAGUGCUGGAUAAACUCUUCGGGAAGCGGCUGCUCCAGGCCGGGCGCUACAUCAUGUCCCACAAGGCCUGGAUGAAAACGGUGCCCACGGAGAACUGCGACGUGCUCAUGACAUUCCCGGACAGCACGGAUGACCACACGCUGCUGUGGCUGCUGAACCACAUCCGCCUGGGCAUCCCCGAGCUGAUCGUGCAGGUGCGGCACCACCGGCACACGCGCGUCUACGCCUUCUUCGUCACCGCCACCUACGAGAGUUUGCUGCGCGGGGCGGACGAGAUGGGGCUGCGGAAGCCGGUGAAGGCGGAGUUCGGGGGCGGCAUGCGCAGCUUCUCCUGCGAGGAGGAUUACAUCUACGAGAACAUCGAGAAUGAGCUCGGCUUCUUCAGCUCCCAGGAGCGGCAGAGCAUCAUCCGCUACUGGCUGGAGAACCUGCGGGCCAAGCAGGGCGAGUCCCUGCACAACAUCCACUUCCUGGAGGGACAGCCCAUCAUCCCGGAGCUGGCGGCGCGGGGGGUGAUCCAGCAGCUGUUCCCGCUGCACGAGCAGAGGAUCCUCAAGCGCCUGAUGAAGUCCUGGGUGCAGGCGGUGUGCGAGGCGCAGCCCCUCGAUGACAUCUGUGACUAUUUUGGGGUGAAGAUCGCCAUGUACUUCGCCUGGCUGGGCUUCUACACCUCGGCCAUGGUGUACCCGGCCGUGUUCGGCUCCAUCCUCUACACCUUCACCGACAGCGACCCGACCAGCCAGGACAUCUCCUGCGUGGUCUUUGCCAUCUUCAACGUCAUCUGGGCCACGCUCUUCCUGGAGGAGUGGAAGCGCCGCGGCGCCGAGUUCGCCUACAAGUGGGGGACGCUGGACACGCCCGCCGAGUCCCUGGAGGAGCCCCGGCCCCAGUUCCGGGGCACCAAGCGGAUCAGCCCGGUGACCAGCGCCGAGGAGUUCUAUUACCCGCCCUGGAAGCGCCUCCUGUUCCAGAGCCUCGUCAGCCUGCCCGUGUGCCUGGCCUGCCUCACCCUCGUCUUCCUCCUCAUGCUCGGCUGCUUCCAGCUCCAGGAGCUGGUGCUCAGCAUCCAGGAGCUGCCGCGUGUCCUUCGCUUCCUGCCCAAAAUCAUCCUGGCCGUCAUUGUCACCGCCUGUGACGAGCUCUACAAGAAAGUGGCCUUGUGGCUCAAUGACAUGGAGAAUUACCGGCUGCAGAGCGCCUACGAGAAACACCUCAUCAUCAAAAUGGUCCUGUUCCAGUUCGUCAAUUCCUACCUGAGCCUUUUCUACAUCGGAUUCUACCUCAAGGACAUGGAGCGCCUCAAGGAGCUCCUGCUCAUCCUGUCCCUGUCGCAGAGCCUCGCGCGGCAGCUCCGGGAGGCUCUGCUCCCCUCCAUCUUCCUCCACCUCCACCUGUCCCUCAUCUUCCUCAGGCGCCUCCUGCGCUUUUGCUGGACCCUGGGAGUAUCCAAAAUGCUGGCCACGCUGCUGCUGACGCGGCAGUUCCUGCAGAACGUGCGCGAAGUGUCGCAGCCGCACCUGUACCGGCGCCUCCGCCGCGGGGACCUGCCGGUGCGCGGCGUGCGGCAGCUGCUCCGCGCCCUGCUCCGCCUGCUCGCCCCCCGGCCGCCCCCGGCCGCCCCUCCGCACGGCAAGAAGUGCCUCAACGGCGGCUGCGGCGGUCCCGAGGAGGAGGAGGAGGAGGAGGAGGAAGAGCGGCGCGGCUCGGACUCGGAGGAGGAGAGCGCGCUGGACUGCGGGCUGAAGCUGAAGAAGGUGAGCUUCAUCGAGCGCGGCGAGCGGCGCCCCGAGCCCGCCGGGCCCGAGGACGAGCCCUUCCUGGAGGAGGGCAGCCCCACCAUGGUGGAGAAGGGCAUGGACCCCGCCGCCGUGUUCGAGCUCUGCGAGGAGGAGGAGGAGGCCGAAGCGCAGCCCGGCAGCCCCGGCAGGGCGGCGGAGCCGGCGGUGCUGGCGAGGAGGAGGAGGAGGGAGGAGGAGGAGGGCGAGGAGGAAGGGAGGAAGCGCAACCGCGCCUCGUGGAUUGACCCCCCCGAGGAGGAUUACUCCACGCAGCUGACCCAGGCUGAGGUGGAGAGCUGCAUGAAGAAGUACGAGGACACCUUCCAGGACUACCAGGAGAUGUUCAUCCAGUUUGGCUACGUGGUGCUCUUCUCCUCGGCCUUCCCGCUGGCGGCCGCCUGCGCGCUGCUCAACAACGUGCUGGAGAUCCGCAGCGACGCCUUCAAGCUCUGCAGCGGCCUGCAGAGACCCUUCGGGCAGCGCGUGGCCAGCAUCGGCCACUGGCAGAAGGUGAUGGAGGCCAUGGGCGUGGUGGCCAUCGUGGUCAACUGCUUCCUGCUGGCGCAGUGCGGGCAGCUGCAGCGCCUCUUCCCGGGGCUCAGCCCCCAGGCCGCCAUCGUCUCCGUCGUGGUGCUCGAGCACUUCGCCCUGCUCCUCAAGUACGUCAUCCAGGUGGCCAUUCCCGACAUCCCCGCCUGGGUGGCCGAGGAGAUGGCCAAGCUGGAGUACCAGCGCCGCGAGGCCUUCAAGAAGCACGAGCGGCAGGCCCAGCACCACUUCCAGCAGCAGCAGCGCCGCAAGCGCGAGGAAGAGGAGCGGCAGCGCCACGCCGAGCUCCAGGCGCGCCGCGACCGCGACCCCGCCCGCGACGAGGCCACCAAGGCCGAGGCCACCGGGCAGGACCCGGCGCACGACAAGGGCCAGGCCAAGGGGAAAAGCUCCGGCGGCUCCUCCGCGCACGGCCCCGACAAACCCAAGCGGCCGAGCUCGCUGCUGGCCACCAACAACGUGAUGAAGCUGAAGCAGAUCAUCCCCCUGCAGGGCAAAUUCCUGUCCGGGGGCACCGGCGCGGCUGGCACCGCCACCGCCAGGUCGCCGCAGUCGCCCACGGGCAGCGAGAACAAACUGCCGGGGUUCCUGAGCUUCAAAUUCCUCAAAUCGCCCGAGACUAAGCGGGACGCGGGCACCGAGAAGGUGCAGUCGCCCACCAAGCCCUUCAACCCCGGCAAGCUCUUUAAUUUCGGCAAGUCCGAGGGGCUCGGUGCCAACGGGGGAGCGGCCGGAGCGUCCCCGCAGCCCCGGGCGGGGCCCUCGGCGGACGCGGGGCCCGGGAAGGCGCAUCUCAACGAGGAAGGGGCUCGGGAGGAAGCGGAGAACCGGGCGGAGGAGGAGGGCGGCGGUGCCCGGCUCUGACCGGGGGCUCCGGGGGUCCCGGGGGGGCGGGAGGAGCCGGGCGGGGGAGGAGAGCGGCGGUGCCCGGUUCUGAGCGGGGCUCCCGGGGCACGGGGAGCCGGGGAACCGGGCGGAGGAGAGCGGCCGUGCCCGGUUCCGAGCGGAGCACGGGGAGCCGGGGAACCGGGCGGAGGAGGAGGAGGAGGGCGGCGGUGCCCGGUUCUGAGCGGGACUCCCCCGGUUCCGGCCGUUCCGGGAGCCGCCCGGUCCCUGCUGCGAGCGGCCGUGGCCGUCGGGAGCCUCUCGCCGCCGCUCGCCCGCGGGGCCGGCCCGGGGGCCGCCAGCGCCGCGCUCCGCCCCGGUGCUCUG